CCUAUAGAGACUUUAAGCCUGUCCCGUUCACCUCUGUAGCCCACAUCACACUUUUAGGGGAUAAAAGAAGAAAAACAAGGGGUAAGAAUCCUGGAGCCUGUGGAGCAAACAGCGGCUGCACUGCUCAACCUCAGCGCCAAUAUGUUGUACCUGGAGACCAAUCCUCCCACAUCAUACAGUGAGCCACAGUAUACAAGCCUGGGGCUUCUCAACAGCAUGGAUCAAAAUGGUGGCUCCACCUCCACCAGCCCCUACAACAACGAGCAUGCUCAGAACAACGUAACGGCACCAUCACCCUACGCCCAACCCAGCUCCACCUUCGAGGCCCUGUCUCCAUCACCUGCCAUCCCAUCCAACACAGACUAUGCUGGCCCACACACCUUUGAUGUGUCCUUCCAGCAGUCCAGCACAGCCAAAUCAGCCACCUGGACGUACUCCACAGAACUGAAGAAGCUGUACUGUCAGAUUGCCAAAACAUGUCCCAUUCAAAUCAAGGUCCUUACCAACCCACCCCAGGGUGCAGUCAUACGGGCCAUGCCUGUCUAUAAGAAAGCUGAGCAUGUUACCGAGGUGGUCAAACGAUGCCCGAACCAUGAACUGAGCAGAGAGUUCAAUGACGGCCAAAUAGCCCCACCCAGUCACCUGAUUAGGGUUGAGGGAAACAGUCAUGCUCAGUACAUGGAGGAUUCCAUUACUGGGCGUCAGAGUGUGUUGGUGCCUUACGAGCCCCCUCAGGUGGGCACAGAGUUCACAACCAUCCUGUACAAUUUCAUGUGUAACUCCAGCUGUGUUGGCGGAAUGAACAGACGUCCUAUCCUCAUAAUUGUCACUUUGGAAAGCAGAGAUGGUCAGGUUUUGGGUCGACGGUGUUUUGAGGCUCGUAUCUGUGCGUGCCCUGGACGUGACCGCAAAGCUGACGAGGACAGCAUCCGUAAACAGCAUGUCAGCGAUGGUACAAAGAGCAGUGAGGGUACGAAACGCCCUUUCCGUCAGGCCUCUCACCUCUCUCAGCUAAACUCCAUCAAGAAGCGAAGAUCCACCGAUGAGGAAGUGUUUUGUCUGCCUAUUAAAGGCCGUGAAAUCUAUGAGAUUUUGGUGAAAAUCAAAGAGUCUUUGGAACUUAUGCAGUUCCUCCCUCAGCAGACUAUUGAGUCAUACAGACAGCAGCAGCAGAACCUACUGCAGAAACAGAGCUCUCUGCCACCCCAGUCUGCCUUUGGUUCCAGCUCACCCACCCUCUGCAAGAACAAACUGCCAUCAGUCAGUCAGCUCAUGAACCCCCAACAACGCAACACACUCACCCCAUCCAGCAUGUCUGGAGGACUAACUGACAGUUUAUUACAGUCUCAACCCUUUCCCCUCCCUUCAGUGACCCCUCCCAUGAUGUGCGGCCCUGUUCCCAUGAACACGGACAUGAGUGCCCUGAGCCCCACCAACCCCCUGCAGCCUCAAUUACAAAUGGUGCCCUCUCACUGCACACCUCCGCCACCCUACCCCAUGGACAACAGCAUUUCCAGCUUCCUGUUGAGGCUGGGCUGCUCAGCCUGUUUGGAUUAUUUCACAGCCCAAGGACUGACCAAUAUUUACCAGAUUGAGAACUACAAUUUAGAGGACUUGUCCAGGCUGAAGAUUCCCACAGAAUUCCAGCACAUCAUCUGGAAAGGAAUCAUGGAGUAUCGACAGACCAUGGAGUUUUCUCCACCUCCCCACAUCUUGCGCACCUCUAGCGGGACAUCCACCGUCAGCGUGGGCUCUACCGAAGCCAGAGGCGAACGUGUGAUCGAUGCAGUGCGUUUCACUCUUCGUCAGACCAUUUCAUUUCCUCCACGAGACGACUGGACCGAUUUCUCUUUUGACCUGGCUCCAGAUUCUCGCCGCAACAAGCAACAGCGUAUCAAGGAGGAGGGAGAAUGAACGUAGUACAUCACAGUUCACAAUAAUACACAUACAUACAAUGUCAACAGUGCACAUUUACUGCACACACACACUCAUGCGCUGUUUUAUAUUAACACACUUGGUGUUGGUCCAGAUCGUUUCACAGUUUUCCUCUGCAAGUGAUGAUUUAAAAAAACUGUGAGCCUCAUAAUCUAGUUCACUUAAACUUAAAUAGGCAGAUAAAAUGCACUUAAAGUCCUUUAUGGUUUCAUUUUUCUUCUGGUGGAUUUAGCUCUGGUUGUCAUUUCAAGCCCCUUUAUUGAACGCAAACAGCUGUAGCUGAGGGGAAAUGGUGCUUUGCUAAAUUGUCGUUCUUACUGUUUCUUGAGACAAAGCACUUAAGAAAUGCUAACAUAUUGUUACUACUUGCAAAAUACACACUGAACUUUUGGGGUUUCUUUUUUGUUACAUGGCCAAGGGUAUAUUUCUGUUUUUUUGUUUGUUUUCCUUUUCCUCCCAGCGGGAGCUUUAGUGUUAAUUGUAUUCUUUGUGACGGUCAUUCCUUGCGGUUGAACAAUGUCUUUUUUUUUUUUUAAAUGUUGCCGUAUGUCAGCUUUGAUUGUAUGUAUUUCAAAUCGCACAUGGUUCUUUUCUUUAUUCUCACAGAAAGUGUUAUUCAUCCAUGGUGUAAGACUGAUGUUGUCAUGUAGCCUUUAUGUAAUACUGUAAACCCUUCUUUGUAUCUUUUAUUUGUUGCAAACACUCUUGAUACUAAUGCAUUGCAGUGUGUAAGUAUUGAAUGCUUCUGACAGUUGUGGUAAUCCAUAGACAUGCUGUUUACUGGCCUCUAAAAGUAUAAAAGUGACUUACAUUGAUACAUUGGCAAUGUAAUGUGGCUUCAGUAUUUUUUUAAACAAAUUUCCACUUCACUUGAUACUUGUUAUUAGCCUGUUGUGGCAAUAUUGUACAGAUUUUUUAUUACGCUUUCAUGUGACAACUGAGUAAACAAUUCUUUAUCAAACUAUUAAGGAAUUAUUGUAAAUAUUUUGCAGUGUACUUAUUUUGAUAUAAACAAAAUAAAACAAAUAUUGACAAAUA